UUUAUUUGCAACCUCUGAUAGUAAACAUGUUUCUUCUUUUGUCUCUAGUAGUUACUAUAUUUAUUUUUACAUUCGCUUUUAUUAUCGGACGUUAUAAUGAAAGACAUUGGAAAAAGCGGGGAGUCAUAUUCGACAAGAGAAACAAUCUUAUCAUUGGCCCUUAUUAUGAAUUCUUAACUGGCAACCGAGCGUUGUUCGAAAUAUUCGGGGACAUGUAUACUAUACAUACAUUGUAUAGGAAAUACCGCGAUGAACCAGCGGUUGGGUUUAGUACGCUAUUCACACCAUCGCUGUUUGUCAUAGACCCAAAGAAUGUCCAGUAUGUGAUGCAGGGGCCUAUGUUCAUUGACCGGGGAAUAGACUACCACAAAGAAGACUACCUGGCAGAUAAUAUACUUUUCAUGAGCGGUGUACGGUGGAAGCUCAUGAGGCAGAAAAUGACUCCACUAUUUACUCCAAUUAAAUUAAAAAACAUGUACUACAUUAUCGAGAAACGUACUCAAGAUUUCAUCCAGUACUUGCACAAGAAUCCUGAAAAGCAAAAAGGAAAUACAUUUAACACGCUGUCGACGUUCUGCUGUAACGCAAUUGGCGAUGCUGUCUUUGGAGUCAGUUAUGCAUCAACAUUCAUUUCGCCGUUCCUAGAUAUCACCAGAAAAGCUUUUUCUUCAAAUUGGUGGACCGACAUAAGAUUUACCAUAUCAAGCGUGUCACCAACAAUUUUCAAAGCACUUAAAAUAACAUUCUUCAAACAGUUCGAACAAUUUUUUAUUGGUGCAAUGAAACAAGUAUUUAGGCAACGAGAAAAAGAGGGAGUGAAGAGACACGAUUUUGCUGAUAUGUGUUUGAGUCUGCAGAAAAGCGGUGUGAUGAAACACGAAGAGACGGGAUUUCAGAUGCAACCUACAGAUGAGUUAUUGGCCGCGCAAGGUUUCUUUUUCUUUACGGCAGGGGUUGAACCUACAGCAGCAGCUGUAUUUGGUGCAAUGAUUGAAAUAGGAAGGCAUCCUGAAAUUCAGAAGCGGCUCCAAGAAGAAAUAGAUGGGGCUUUCGAUAAGAAUAACGGACAACUAACCUAUGAUGCUGUAAUGGGAUUGGAGUAUUUGGACAAAGUGCUAACGGAAUCCCUAAGAACCUUUCCUCCGAUUGGUUUUUUAACUAGACGAUGUACUGAAGAGACAUUUUUACCUGUGGGAAAUAUAAAAAUUGAUAAAGGUACCAAAAUUUACAUUCCUAGUUAUGCUUAUCACCAUGAUCCUGAAUUCUUUGAACAACCCCAUGUGUUCGAUCCGGAGAGGUUCUCUGAUGACACUAAACAGAGAUUGGGGGUAAUAUAUCAGCCAUUUGGAUUCGGUGGUAGAAUAUGUAUCGGCAUGCGUUAUGCUAAACUACAAGUCAAAAGUGUCCUAGCACACAUAAUUCAUCAUUUUGAUUUAAAAACUGUUAUCGGUAGUGGAGGAAUAAAGUUCGCGAAAGAUCAAACACAAGUGCGAAUAAAGAACGUUGAUGUAGUAUACUUUCCUAGAAAAUUGAUAAGCUAGUAAUUAGUUUUCUUUAAUCAAUUAAACGCGUGGAAAAUUUCUCUUAAUAUCUAUAUAUUGAGCAAUUUAAAGACACCAAAACUUUAUUCUUUUUAAGAAAUUUUUAUUCACUUAUUUUUAAUCUUUAGGCUUAGUUAAAAAUAUCAUGUCUCAAUCUAGGUAAGAAAUGAGAUGUGUGCCAAAUUUGCAUUUUUGUAUGAAUCUCGUGUAAAUAAAUAACUUCAUUUA